UACAAUUGCCCUAGUAAACAAUUCCAACGUGUUUUCAAUUUCUGCCAAAAAUGAAAGGAAGAAAAGGACCUAACCGAUUUAGACAAGAAAAGGAUGAUGCCAAAUUCGAAACUGAAGCAUUUGCCUAUCUGAAUGAAGACACAGAUGCUGAUACAGGCAGACCGAACAAAAUAAAGCGUUUUGAUAGUGAUGAUGAACUGUCACUUUCAGAGCAAGAAGAGUCAGGUCCAGAAGACAACCCUGUGGAAGAUGCACCAGUUGACGAUACUGGUAGUGAUGAUGAGGCCCCAGAAGAUGUUGGUUUCCAUGACAGUAAGCAGUCCGUUCUUGCCCAGCUCAAGUCAGCCAUGAGACAGGUGGACACGGGGAAGGCUCGUAGGAAGGAGCUCAGGAAAAAAAUGGAUGCUCAGUUUAAAGAGCAGAAGGCGAAGAAGAAGGAAGACCUUGCCAAGUCAAAACUGCCUGAAGAUUUCUUGGAAAGCCUUGAUGAGAAAAUACCACAAAAAUCUAAAGUGGUCAAAGGGAAACGGAAGCAGAAAAAACUUGAAGAAUCUGGAAAUUCCGAGGAAGAUGAAACAAUAAAAUCUGUUCAGAAGAAGAUCAAGAUCUCUUUCAAAGAGGACUUCAUUUCACUGACUGACAGUGUGAGUGGUGUCGAGGUGGCAGAUGUCAGGAAGGUGGAGAAACGAGGUCAGUCCCAGGUCCAGACUGCAGCAGACUUCCGAAAUAACAGGCUGUACGGAACCCAUGUACGCAGGGAAUCCAACAAGAAAAGAAUGGCAAAAGCAGAGAAGAGAAAACAGAUAGGAAGAUGAAAGAUGUUUAUAAGCAUCUUCAAUGUAAUUGACUUGUACAUGGAAAAGACUCCUGUCCAGCCGUAUUCUAACAUUCACAGGACAGGCUAGCUGAGUUAAUGGCUUCAUAUGGGACUUCAGUGAAAAGAAUGCUCCAGUUCCAGUGUAUAUGUUCUAAGAUACUUGUCAGAAACAGUUCAUAGGAAUAUCAAAGUGUCUCUUGUUCAUAUAAGAUAUUUUAUGUUUAACAUCAUUUGUUAUUUGUAAUUUUGUUCUCAGUCUCAUUUUCAAAUGUUUGUUCGCAAUAGAGCUCCUAUAUGACAACCGGUAUGUUUUAUAAAAAAAAGAAGCAUUUUUAUUAAAUUUCACCCAAAAUAAUAAAUUUUGUUCAAUAUUUGACCCAAUAAAACGCUGUAGCCCUUUUAAGAUGCACUAUUACUCCCAAAUAUGAUUUACCAUAUUUAAUACAAGUGUUUUAAUUUACGAAAAAGGAUUAAAAAAUGUCAGAAACAAUGGUUCUUAUGAAGGAUAUUGUGUUUGAUUUGAAAGAAAGGUGCAGAAAACAUGGUAUUUUUACCAUAUGAGACGAUAGUAGAUCACAGUAAAUCUUUUAGCAUUCACCAAUCAUUUGCGUUUUCAGCUAUUAAAUACACGGUUAUAAUCUUGUUAUCAGUAUUUAAUAUUUUCCAUAAAUGCAUUAUUUAGUAAAUAGUUGAAGGUUUAUUACUCAAAAUUUAUGUUUGUUAUACAUGUGUAUGUAUUGAUUUUGAAUAAGAGUACCACUUUAGAAUAAUGAUUACUUUUGUUGCAAGGACUCCACAGUCCUUCAUAAACAUUUGUUUGAGAUCUAUGUGGAUUUUUUAUAUCCCCACAAACGAAGUUUGAGGGGGUAUAUAGGAGUGAGCUUGUCGGUCGGUCUGUCUGUCUGUCGGUCGGUCGGUCUGUCGGUUUUCAUGGUUUCCGGACGAUAACUCAUGAAAGGCUAGACAGAUUUUAAAAUAUUUUUGGUACACAGGUGUAACAUCAGAAGAUACAGUUUGGUACACAGGUGUAACAUCAGAAGAUAUAGGUCAAGUUCGAUAUUGGGGCUGGAGGGCAAGGUCAAGGUCACUGUUACUUAAAAUAGAAAAACGGUUUCCGGACCAUAACUCAUGAAAGGCUUGACAGAUUUGAACAAUUUUUGGUACACAGGUUUAACAUCAGAAGAUACAGGUCAAGUUUGAUAUUGCGGCUGGUGGGGCCAAAGUCAAGGUCACUGUUACUAAAAAUAGAAAAACGGUUUCCUGACGAUAAAUCAUGAAAGGCUUGACAGAUUUGAACAAUUUUUGGUACACAGGUGAAACAUCAGGAGAUACAGGUCAAGUUCGAUAUUGGGGCUGGUGGGGCCAAGGUCAAGGUCACUGUUACUAAAAAUAGAAAAACGGUUUCCGGACGAUAACUCAUGAAAGGCUAGUUUUUAUGCCCCCGAAGGUGGGCAUAUUAAAAUCGCACCGUCCGUCCGUCCGUCCGUCAAUCCGUCCGUCCGGCUCUGUAACUUUCCCUUGUAUGGACAGAUUUUAAAAUAACUUGCCACAUGUGUUCCACAUACCAAGACGACGUGUGGCGUGCAAGACUCGUGUCCCUACCUCAAAGGUCAAGGUCACACUUAGUGUUUAUUCACAAUAGAGUGCUGCAUUUAAGGACAUAGAGUAUAGGUUGUCGUGUCCGGGCUGUAACUUUCUCUUGUAUGGACAGAUUUUAAAAUAACUUGCCACAUGUGUACCACAUACCAAGACGACGUGUCGCGUGCAAGACCCGUGUCCCUACCUCAAAGGUCAAGGUCACACUUAGUGUUUAUUCACCAUAGAGUGCUGCAUAUAAGCAUUGAGUAUAGGUUGUCGUGUCCGGGCUGUAACUUUCUCUUGUAUGGACAGAUUUUAAAAUAACUUGCCACAUGUGUACCACAUACCAAGACGACGUGUCGCGUGCAAGACCCGUGUCCCUACCUCAAAGGUCAAGGUCACACUUAGUGUUUAUUCACCAUAGAGUGCUGCAUAUAAGCAUUGAGUAUAGGUUGUCGUGUCCGGGCUGUAACUUUUCCUUGUAUGGACAGAUUUUAAAAUAACUUGCCACAUGUGUACCACAUACCAAGACGACGUGUCGCGUGCAAGACCCGUGUCCCUACCUCAAAGGUCAAGGUCACACUUAGUGUUUAUUCAC